CCGGCUGCUGCGGCGACAAACGACUCGGAGCUCCCUCGGGCUGCCGCAGCGCCGAGCCCCCCGGAGUCGAGGCACGAUGAGCGGCCGAGUGGGCGACCUGAGCCCCAAACAGCAGGAGGCACUGGCCAAGUUUCGGGAGAAUGUCCAGGAUGUGCUGCCCACCCUGCCGAAUCCAGAUGACUAUUUUCUCCUGCGCUGGCUCCGAGCUCGAAGUUUUGAUCUACAGAAGUCAGAAGCUAUGCUCCGGAAGCAUGUGGAGUUCCGGAAGCAAAAGGACAUUGACAACAUCAUUAGCUGGCAGCCUCCAGAGGUGAUCCAGCAGUAUCUGUCCGGAGGCAGGUGUGGCUACGAUCUGGAGGGCUGCCCAGUCUGGUAUGACAUUAUUGGGCCCCUGGAUGCCAAGGGUCUAUUGUUCUCAGCCACUAAGCAAGACCUGCUCAGGACCAAGAUGCGGGACUGUGAGCUGCUCCUGCAGGAGUGUGCCCACCAGACCACCAAGCUGGGGAAGAAAAUAGAGACCCUCACCAUGAUUUAUGACUGUGAAGGGCUUGGCCUCAAGCAUCUCUGGAAACCUGCAGUGGAAGCCUAUGGAGAGUUUCUCUGCAUGUUUGAGGAAAAUUAUCCCGAGACACUGAAGCAUCUGUUUGUUGUUAAAGCCCCUAAGCUGUUUCCUGUGGCCUAUAACCUUAUCAAGCCCUUCCUGAGUGAGGACACUCGUAAGAAGAUUAUGGUCCUAGGAGCAAACUGGAAGGAGGUUUUACUCAAAUACAUCAGCCCUGACCAGUUGCCUGUGGCGUAUGGGGGGACCAUGACUGAUCCUGACGGAAACCCCAAGUGCAUAUCCAAGAUCAACUACGGGGGCGACAUCCCCAAGAAGUAUUACGUGCGAGACCAGGUGAGGCAGCAAUAUGAGCACAGCGUGCAGAUCUCCCGCGGCUCCUCCCAUCAAGUGGAGUAUGAGAUCCUCUUCCCCGGCUGCGUCCUCAGGUGGCAGUUUAUGUCAGAGGGGUCAGAUGUUGGUUUUGGUAUUUUCCUGAAGACCAAGAUGGGGGAGCGGCAGCGGGCAGGGGAGAUGACAGAGGUGUUGCCCAGCCAGAGGUACAACUCCCACAUGGUCCCUGAGGACGGGACCCUCACCUGCAGCGAUCCGGGCAUCUAUGUCCUGCGGUUUGACAAUACCUACAGCUUCAUUCAUGCCAAGAAGGUCAGUUUCACUGUGGAGGUCCUGCUUCCAGACAAAACUGCAGAAGAGAAGAUGAAUCAGCUGGGGGAAGUCACCCCCAAAUAACGUCUCCUUCCUACAAGCAGGCCUGGGUCUCUCGGCGUCUUCCUGUCUCUUUGUAGCAGUCAUUUUUCCUACAGCCCUGCAGCCCAAAGAAACUAGGCUAGAAGGAAGACUUCAGACUGGACCUGGGCGAUUUCUUUGAGAAUUAGAAGAGGAUUGGUAGUUAGAGCGGGUCUCCUUACCUCUCAAAUUACUAAGGAAUCCCCAGAGGCUGGUCACUAUGACAGGAUCUGUCUGUCCUAUAAGCCUUGUCAACUUCACCUGUCCCGUGACAAUUACGACAGGGAGGGGAGUGGCAGUGGAGGCAACCAGGAAGAGGGGGAGAGAUUAGGGUGUAACACUCAGGGAAAUCAGCUCCAGGAGAGGAACUUGCUUCCAAAUGCACAAGGAAGUAAACCUUCGUGAUUGUACCCAGCCUAUGUGGCAGGCUGCCUGCCAGCUACGGUGCAGAUCCGAGGCUCUUCCAAACUUUUUUUUUUUUUUUUUUUUUUAAUCAUGAGAAUGGGUUAUCUCUUGGCUUUCCCCAAAUCUUAGGAGAGGCCCAAGUCAGCACAGCUCUGAAAAGCAAACAUGCCCCUCUCUCCCCCUAGAGAAUUUCACUAACUCUGGGGCCUCGCUGGCUUGCCUUUUUUGUUUUUAUUAAACUAAUCCUCGCCAGUAACUCAGAGCUUCCUGGGACUUUAGUACCCAGCCACUGCUUCCCAAUGCAAACACAACAACCCCCAAAAGCACAAGGGUAAUUACCUCCAGGGAUCUCAGCUGUGGAAGUGCCACGGCAGCUGGGAGGGUCCCUAACCCUCCACGUGAUCAUUCCAGACAAGGUGGCACUGCGACAGCAUUCACAAGAAGCCAUUUCACAGUCAGUUUCCCAUGGUGCCCGCCAUGAGUUAAUCAUAACAUGGCCUCGGCAGGCCCAUCUCCGUAGGAGGUGUAUAACGGGUGCCCGUGAUCGUAGGUGGCCACAGGACGGAAGGGUCGCCCGGGCAGGAGGCCAAAGGUAGGGCAGUCGUAGCGCAGAGACAGGGGCGGAGGCGGCCACAGGCGACAUCAGAGCCUCGGCACUUGACCCCACACGUCCUGCAAUGAAAGCCAGGUCGUGGACGGCCUAGAACUCGGGCAGGUGACCCUUCCCCCAAGCCCUUGCGGACUUCCUUUCCCGCGGACCCAGGCCCUGGCGGUUUUGCGAAGCGACUGAAGAGUCCGUGGCUGCACCAGCCCCGGCGCCACCGCUCAGGAGGACAUCCUGACCUCAGUUUACAACGCUUGUUAGCAACGUUCACUAAUGAAUAAAGCAAUGUCCAGUGCA